AUGCUAUGUAGGGAGACCCGUGAGAGAGGAAGAGCGCCAAAGGAGGAGGAGCUGCCCUCAUCGCCACCGUCGUGUCACCUGCGCCGUCGGCACCGUCCGUCGCGCCACCACUACGCUGCGUCGCCAUCGAGAACAGAAACGCGAAGGAGAGGAGGCGGUGGGUCACUGUCCUCGAAGCUUCCGUCGUCUCUGUGCAAAGCUGCCGCCAUCAUCAUUAUCGCGGGCUGCUGCUGCUGCACGUGUGAUCGCCGCCGCCUCUGGGUCCGUCACCGUCGAGCAGAGCCGCUGUGGAGAACCGUCACGGUCGCCGAAGCUCUUGUCGCCGUCAGAAGCUGCUCUGCCGCCGUUUGGGUCACCAGAAACGUGGCCGUGAUCACCGAAACCAACAUCGGAGGUAUCGCUAUUCAGUACAGUUGUUCUUCCUUGUCUGGGAUCGAGUUCUGGGUCUUGCAUGCUAAGUUCUAUGACUGUGGCAUAGGACAUCAAGCUGCUGCGUUGUCACCGGAGCUGCCAUUGCUCUGUUCUCUUGCUUAUUUGUAAGUACAGUAAGCUGUCCCUCGUCCCGAACCUCUAUAGUUGCUAUUCUGUUAUAUGUUUCUAAGGUCCUUGCAACGUUAAUGCUUUA